AUGAGUCAGUCUUUCACGAAUGUAAAUCUAGGUCCGAUCGGUGACGACGCUAUUGUAAAUAAUGGAGAAACGUCUAGGGAAGAAUCUCCACUUUCACGCGAUGAAGAGCAGAAUUCUCAGAAUGGUAGCCUUGGUUCUGUAAGCUCACAUGAGACAUCUGCAGGUGAUGGUCUUGAUUCGUCCCCACACACUACGGAAAUUGAAAAUUAUACGCAUCCUGAGAUCAAAAAGACAUUUACAGAAAGAUAUGUUGGUGUAGUGGUCAGUAGAUUAAAAAAGUACAUUCCUCCUCCUGGAUUAUCUAGGAGUCUUGGAAGGUAUUACAGUGAUGUGGCAGUAUUUAAAGAUGGCGUGGCAACAUUCGAAAUGCCAUUGCUCGCCGAGAUGCGUAAACCUCUUAUAGAGAUAUUGGACGAUACAGAAAGGGAGAUGGAAAUGGAAAACGAAGGACAACGAACAAUUCCAGGUGAAGAUACAAUGAUUGAAAUUGAUGUUGCAAGAAAAUUAUUUCUAGGAUUUUUGAUUAACAUGAUCAAUGGGGUCGUGGAGAGUCUUUAUUCCCAACCAUCAUACUACUGGAGAAAACAUUUAUCUGAAAUUCAGGAGCCUGUUAAACUCGUAACUGAACGUCUAGUUGAGGAUUAUAAUAAAAAUCAAAAAUACUAUUAUCAAGGAGGUAGUUCUAAUUCAAUAAAAGAACUUAAUUCGAUUCUUCUACAUGAUUUUGAAGUGUGGGUUUCAAGUUUGUUUCCAUACCUAAAUUACGUUUUUUCUUCACAGCGUCAAACGAAUUUAGUUUGGUGUAUGAACACCUCUGUAGAUAAAGAAGAAAUGGCUUUUCGAAUUUAUUCUAUUAUAUCUCGGGUAAACCUGGUGGAAAAAGAAAAUGGUGUGGCGAAAGGCGUACUUUUUCCUGUUAAUUGGUUGCGUAUACUUUUACAAUGGCUUUCUGGCAAUGAUACUGUGGAUUCUUCAGCGGUAGACGGACCAAUAGAAGCAGCUCCAUCAAUACCUGGUCCUUUUAACAGUUAUCGACUGCUGGAAUUGUCAAGAGGAGAAUCAUUUAAAUUUAUUCUGAGAGAGGGAGAUGAAGCGGCAGAUGUUAUUCCUGAGGAGCUUUUUGAUUACUUUUGGUCUCAGUUUGGAGGUGGCCCAAAGUAUUUAGUAAAGGGUGCAUUUAAAAUGCGGCAGCAUAUGAAAGAGUGUUUGAAACCGAAACGGUUUUCUAUUGCUAUUGCAUUUGAAGGAAUGAAAGUGGAAUCUAUAGUUAUGGAUGACGUUCUGCGACGAGCUGAGGUUUUGGAGGUUGCACGACGAGCUCUGCAAAAAGUAAAAGAACAGUGCAGUGGAAGUGAAGGAAUACAAAUAGCAGAGUGGCGUGCCGCGUUAUGUACAGGCAAUGAUGUGGAUGUAUUUCUUACCCAUUUGAAAGGACAAGGUUUACGGCAACCGCACCUCAUUCCAUGCGGGAGUGCAAAAACAGUUGGUGGGAUAUUAAGUGAAAUCGAUGCCAGAUUGGGAAUGAAGAUCAAUAAUAGUACUCCGUGUAGUACUAGUGGUAGUAGUGGUGGGGGUGGUAUUAGUAGUAGCAGUAGUAGUAGUAAUAGUAGUAGUAGUAAGAAAAAGAAAAACAAGGAGAAGGAGUUUAUUUCAGCGGUUUCACCAAGGAGAGUAGUAGAUCUUCAACUGGAAUUUUCUCUUCGACAAAAGCCGGAUCGUUCGAUUUUAGAAAGAUGUGGGGUAUGCGGACUGAUGAAUGUAGGUAAUACGUGUUAUAUGAAUAGCGCAUUACAAUGUCUUUCAAAUGUGCGAAAUAUGCGACUCGCUCUUUUUUCUUUACCACUUUCUGACUAUGCUAACCCUUCAAUUACAAAAGAACUUGUAAACCUUUUGUUGGAAAUGUGGUCUGGUUCGUUUUCUACCGUCAAUACCCGUGAACUGAAAUGUGUUUUUGGGAGAGAAGUAAGACGUUUUGAUACAUUUGAACAACAGGAUGCUAUGGAAUUCAUUGAAGUACUUCUUGAUCGUGUACAUGAGGAAUUAAAUGUCGUUUGUAGUAAGAAGUAUCGUGAACGUCUUGAUUCCGAUAAGUCUAUCCCAACAUUAAAGCUUUCAACUAUUUUUUGGGAAGAUUUUCUUCGUAACAAUCAAAGUUUUAUCCCCAAACUUUUCUUUCAUCAAUCAAAAACUCGUCUGCAGUGUUUAACGUGUGGUGAGACGAGUAUUGUGUUUGAUAAUAAUCCAACACUUGCUGCUACUGUUACCACGUUACCCAAAAAAUAUGUAUUUCCGGUGAUUGUUCUUAUGCCUUCAGGAGUUAGGGUACAGCUUUGGGUUAAAGUUCCGUGUAAUGAGGAUGGUUUCAUCAAUGUGGAUGCUAUUCAGAAAGAGGUGACAACAAUGCUUAAUUCUCAGGUGGAGUCAUCAGUUGCUGAUGCCGUUACUACUACUACUCCUACAACUAAUGCUAAUACAACUACGACCUCUGAUAAUGCUAUUAACAGCAGUAAUAAUGAUAAUGAUAUUACUACUACUGCUACUACUAGUACUACCAAUAAUAAUGGUAAUAAUGGUAACGGUAAUAAUACUAAUAAUAAUAAUAAUAAUGAUAGUGGUACCAUAUCAGGAUUGCAUUUACCAGAUGGGUAUCGUAUCAUAAUGUAUGCCAUUUCUUCCAAGGCAAUUAAACCAGUACACCAGACACUUUACUGUGCUGCUGUUCCUAUCCAACCACAACCUACGCAAGAGUAUGAUAGCAAUAUGUUGUUGCCACAAACAAGAAAGGAGGAAGAAAACAAAAAUGAGAAUGUAGAACAGAAAGAGGAGGAGAGUGAUGAGGACAGUGGAAGAUAUCUGUGGUUUUUUAUCAGACCAACUUUUUUAACUUCAUCUUCCCAAUGCAAAUUGUGCCAUGUGGAGCGUCUCACUGCCACGACAUCCACUACUGAAGUUGUGCUGGAUCCAAACUAUCUCAUCAAGCGGGGUAGAGAAUUGGCAAAGCGGUUUCUUAAGAGGAGGUCUCAGAACGAGAUGGAGAGGUUAAACAAAGCAGUGGACCCGCAGCGUUAUCCCCAGGAGCCACAACAACAACAACAACAAGAGGAGGAAGGAGCAGAAGAAAAAGAAGAACAAGAAGAAGAAGAGGAAGAAGAGCAACAAGAACAACAACAACAAGAAGAACUAAACAAUGUAAUAAGUGAAGAUUUUUACCGUUACUUUUCUAUACUGUACCAGUCAAGUAAGCAUCAUGCUGAGGUUUCUGUCGAUGCGAUGAAUGAUCGGGAUGAACAUACGCGUCGUCGGAUAUCUGCUUUAAAGACCUAUCAUCACACAUGUGAAUCGAGAGUUAUUAUAUCUUAUGAUGAUAGGAAACUGAGAGAAAAUGAUACACUUCGUGAUGUGACUCAGCAACCUCCAAACGCCGCCAUGCACUUCACAUCUCGUAGGAGUACUGGCUACUAUAAUGAUAUUGAAGAUACCGUUACAUUGGAUAGAUGCUUGCGGUCCACAUUUUCUCCCGACACUCUUGCCGGCGAUGAUGCUAGGUAUUGUAGUAAAUGUAAAAUGUUACGUGAUAGCAGGGUGGAGCGGAGUUUAUUCUUGUUGCCACCUUGUCUUAUUGUUUCCCUUAAACGGUUUAAAGUACGUUUGCAGGAGGCAUCGAAGAAUAACGCCCCUGUGGAAGUCUCAAAGGUGUUGGAUGUCGCCCCAUUCCUCGAUGUGGAUUCACCCGAACGAAACACAAAGUACACACUGCGCGGUGUUGUAUUUCACAGCGGAAGUAUAAGUUUUGGCCAUUACACCGCAUCUGCGCUGAACGACAGUGUGAAUAAGUGGAUUUACUAUGAUGAUACGUAUGUCAGUCUUCCACCGAGUGAUCAUUCCAUACGAGAUGCGUACAUUAUGUUCUAUGAACGUGUAGAGAGUGGUACAAACGAGAGCCAACGUCCAAUGAGUGAAACAAGUCGACUGUAA